AUCCGCCACGCCAAAUGCAUGCGAGAAAGACGGUAUCUGUCAUCUCGCGAAAACAAAAUCAACAAAAAUAAAAUUGAUUUUCAUUCGUCGAUCCGGUCGAUCCGCUUUUCAGGAUUUUAUAAAAUCUUUUGGUCUGAGAACUUCAUCGACCAUAAAUCAAUUUUAUCGAAAUAGUCCAAAUGUCUAAGCGAACGGCAGCGGAAGUUGCCGAAGAGGACAACUACCUGGAUGACCUGGUAAGGGACAAGCAGAGCAACCGGCCGUCCACAAGCAAACACACACUGGACUCGGACGAAGAAGACAGUGGCGACGACGAGGCUCAAUACAAUGUUUUGGAUGGAAAUGAUAUUGAAGGGGAGGAAGAUGGCAUCUCCCGAGUGGACGAUGAAGUUAAAAUCACUCCGUUCAACAUGAAGGAAGAAAUGGAGGAAGGACAUUUCGAUGCGGAUGGACAUUAUUUGUGGAAGAAAGGUGCCGAAAUACGAGACAACUGGUUGGACAACAUCGAUUGGGUCAAAAUCAAGAAAGACCCCAACUACAAGGAGAAGAAGGAGGGAGAGAUGAGAGGAUUGGCAGAUUCGGAUUCGGACGACGAGGAUGAAGAUGACAAAACUAAAGCAUUUGAUAUCACCAAAACCUACCAACAGAUUCUCGAAAUGAUGGAACCGAAAGAAACCAUUAAGAAGGCACUCCAGAGGAUUGGCAAAAAGACAGCAAAGCUAACAACGGCACAACGUUGGAAGAUGAAAAAGGCUGGUACGCUGGAUGACUCCAGUGAAAAGGUUACCCGUUUGACCGAGUUGGCCAAUGAAAUUCUCACACGGGAAGGUAACAUGGACAUCUAUGAUGAAACCUACGAAAUGAUACAGAAAAAAGUGAAUGAUUCAAAAUCGAAACCAAAGGAUGAGCUGGAUAUGUAUGCAGACGAUUUCGACAGUAAGGAGAAGCACAAACUAAAAGACGACAAUUCGGAGGAGUCAACAAGUACUGCUCAGCCAUCAAUAUCCGCUGCUGAUGUAAAGCGAGAAGAGAAAGAUGAGUUAAUGUGGGAGUAUAAGGAUCAACAAGAUGCAGAGAAGAUAAAUGGGCCGUUCAACACACAGCAAAUGCAAAAAUAUGCCGAUGAAGGACGAUUCAGUAACGGGGCAUUUGUAAGAAAGGUAGGUGCUUCUGAUUCACGCUUUUAUUCAGCUGCCAGAAUUGAUUUUGAUCUAUACUUGUGAAUGUCUAAACACAGCUUAUUCCGAUCUGUAUAA